AAGAUGAAACAGAAUAUAUGAUAUACCCCUGAGGAAGUCUUUUAACGCGGAAGGUCCACAACCACAACCUCUAGUUUUUGACCCCUAGUCCCAGCCAGGAGGCGCGCACACAUCCAGAGUCCAGAACACGCCAACCCUUACCGUCUGCUCCCUCCUGUUGUAAUAAAUCUACAAUGGCAGAUGCUCACGAGACUGAUAGAAACAUUGAGAUAUGGAAGAUCAAGAAAUUGAUAAAAGCACUGGAAGCUGCUAGAGGCAAUGGAACCAGCAUGAUUUCUCUUAUCAUGCCUCCACGUGAUCAAGUAUCUCGCGUUACCAAGAUGCUGGGUGAUGAAUAUGGAACUGCUUCAAACAUUAAAAGCAGGGUGAAUCGUCAGUCUGUGCUUGGUGCAAUUACUUCUGCUCAGCAAAGGCUUAAGCUUUACAACAAGGUUCCUCCCAAUGGGCUUGUGCUUUAUACAGGAACAAUUGUAACUGAAGAUGGAAAGGAGAAGAAGGUCACAAUUGAUUUUGAGCCAUUUAGGCCCAUUAAUGCUUCUCUUUAUCUCUGUGACAACAAAUUUCACACAGAAGCGCUGAAUGAACUUCUAGAAUCUGAUGACAAGUUUGGUUUUAUUGUCAUGGAUGGUAAUGGGACCCUUUUUGGUACUUUAAGUGGUAAUACCAGAGAAGUACUUCAUAAAUUUAGCGUUGACCUCCCAAAGAAGCAUGGAAGAGGAGGGCAAUCAGCUCUGCGAUUUGCUCGUCUUCGAAUGGAGAAGCGCCACAACUACGUUAGGAAGACAGCAGAGCUUGCUACUCAGUUUUUUAUCAAUCCUGCCACCAGCCAGCCCAAUGUUGCAGGAUUGAUACUGGCUGGGUCAGCUGACUUCAAAACUGAGCUCAGUCAGUCAGACAUGUUUGAUCCCCGCCUUCAAGCCAAAAUAUUAAACGUGGUAGAUGUUUCUUACGGAGGGGAGAAUGGUUUCAAUCAAGCUAUUGAGCUGUCAUCCGAGAUCCUGUCUAAUGUGAAGUUUAUUCAGGAGAAGCGUUUAAUAGGAAAAUACUUCGAGGAGAUUAGCCAGGACACUGGGAAGUACGUUUUUGGUGUAGAUGACACACUGAAAGCUUUGGAGAUGGGUGCCGUUGAGUUGCUUAUUGUAUGGGAAAAUCUGGAUAUAAAUAGGUACAUGCUGAAGAAUAGCACAACUGGGGAGAUUAUCAUAAAACACUUGAACAAGGAACAGGAGGCAGAUCAGAGCAACUUUCGAGAUUCUGUCAGCUCUGCUGAAUUGGAGGUUCAGGAGAAGUUAUCUUUGCUCGAGUGGUUUGCUAACGAAUACAGGAAGUUUGGUUGCACACUUGAGUUUGUGACGAACAAAUCUCAAGAGGGAUCUCAGUUCUGCAGAGGUUUUGGUGGUAUUGGUGGAAUCCUGCGUUACCAGCUUGACAUAAGAUCAUUUGAUGAGCUCUCUGAUGAAGAAGUUUAUGAUGACUCUGAAUAGCAAUCAAUCAACUGUUUCUCAAUCCUGGUGCAGGAGAAUGGGGGUAAAAAGGCCUGCACCAGUGUGCGCGAUAUUGCGCUUGGUUCUACUGCUCCUGAGUUAUUUCAAGAAACUUUGCAAGGUCAAUCAAGGGGAUUGGAAUGCUUUGAGCCUGACAAGCUUAGCAUGGUGAUUUCGUUCGGAUACAGGAAUGGAGCAGCUGGGUGGAUCAUCCGGAUGAUAAAUAAUAUGCUGUACUAGUUAUGCUGUUGCUUUGAAAGGGUCGUGUAAAGUUGCUUCUAUCAACUUUGGGAAUAUCAAGAUGAUCAAGGCCCUGCAGUUACUUGCAUAAACUUUCUACAACUCUAGUUAUGGUUUUUGUUUUGCUAAAACUGCAUGCUAUCUAUUUUGGUCAUGGGAUGGAUGUUUUAUUUCCCAGUUUGUUUAUUCAUUUGGGAUAUAUUCUGUCGAAUAUAUAUUUACCAUCUAUCAGCAUUUAUAUAUAAUAUACAUAUGGUUAUGUA